AUUUUUCUGUCGAAAUUUUUUGCAGAAAUAUGGUGGGAAAUAAAAAGCAAAAAUAUUAUUUAAACAAUUUCUCAGAGAAAUAAAUGACAAAUUUUUCAAAUAACCAAUAAUUGUCGUGCAAAACAAAAAACUCUGGUUAAAGAAUUUUUUAGUUGAUUUCUUAAAAUGGGGCCUACGGAUCGUGUUGUCGUUUUAGUAGAUAUGGAUUGUUUUUAUUGCCAGGUAGAAGAGAAAUUAAAUCCAGCGUUGGAGGGAAAACCAAUAGCAGUGGUUCAGUAUAAUGCUUGGAAAGGAGGAGGCAUUAUUGCUGUUAAUUAUCCUGCACGAGACGAGGGGGUUACAAGACACAUGAGGGGAUUUGAGGCAAAGAAGAAAUGUCCAAGUAUUAAUUUAGUGCAGGUUCCAGAGCUUCGUGGAAAAGCGGAUUUAACCAAGUAUCGCGACGCGGGGAAAAGGGUUGCGGAUGUUUUACUAACUUUUACCACACUUCUUGAACGAGCUUCAGUCGACGAGGCCUAUCUUGACAUCACUGAAAUUGUAGAAAAAAGGAUUGAGAAAGGCCUAGACGAAUUAACUUUAAGUAAUCUAAGUAACACUUUUGUCGUGGGUUGUGAAUUGGAAGAUUUUGUACAUAAUGCGAUCACUAAUAAAGAAUACUCAAUACAUAAUUUAAAACUCGCCGUUGGAGGCCUUGUAACUGAAGAAAUUCGUCAUGAAGUUUUUAAAGUUACCGGAUAUAAGUGUUCUGCAGGAAUUGCCCACAAUAAAAUUUUAGCAAAACUAGUAUGCAGCUUGCAUAAACCAAACAAACAAACCAUUUUGCCUCAAGACGCUGUUGAGAAAUUCUUUGAAACCACACCAAUUCAUAAAGUGAAGAAUUUGGGGGGGAAAUUCGGGCAGACCCUUUCAGAGGAUUUUCAGGUAACUACUAUGGGUCAGUUAGCGAAAAUUCCUGAGAAGGUUCUGGUACAAAAAUAUGACGAGAAAACUGGAAACUGGUUAUACAACAUCGCUAGGGGCAUAGAUUCAGAACCGGUCACAACAAAAUUAAUAGCAAAAUCCAUUGCUUGCUGCAAAAAUUUUCCCGGAAAAACAGCGUUAAUAACAGAGGAAAACGUUCAACACUGGCUUGGCAAACUUGCAGCAGAAAUGUCAGAAAGACUAGAUAAGGAUUUGAAAGAAAAUAACCGAAAAGCCAAACAAAUGGUUGUAAGUUUUUGUCAGGAAGUUAACAAAAAAGACGUAAACAGUACAAGAACACAUCCAUUGGUGUCAUAUAAUGAACAGAAAAUAGCUCAUGGGGCUUUUGAAGUCAUCAAAAGAUUUUGUCGCAAACCUGACGGUACUUUCCACCUGAAGUUUUUGGGGCUAAAUGCUUCUAAUUUUGAGGACAUUAAGAAUGUUAGACAAAUCACAUCCUUUUUCCAAGUCGGACCACCAAAAAAGUCGGUAGAAAAUAGUUGCAAUUCUGAAGUGGAAGAACAAAGUGUUUACGACCAACCAACGCAAGAAUUAGAGGAAGACUCCAGUAAUUUUGUUUUUUACGAUGACUCAUAUAGAAUUAAAGAUAAUAAUGAAAAUGAAAUGGAAUAUUCAGAGACUUCAAAUGAUACUGAAAAUGUUGAAGAAAUAAAAAGACCCACGUCUUCAUUUUUUGUCAAGUUUUUUGAUAAUGACAAAGAUGGAAACGAGGAGCAAGAGCCGCUAAUUGAACAGCAAAACAACACUGAAGAUAACAAUUCUGAAAUGACAGUUGAAGAAGCAACUGAAACCUGUAGCGAAUGUAAGAAAAGAAUACCAAUUUUUGAAAUAUUAUCUCACCAAGAUUAUCAUUUUGCAUUAAACCUCUCAAAAAGUGAAAAUGUUCCCCCAAAUUCAACUGUCAAGACUCCUCCAACCGCAACUACUAAAAAAACUGUUGAUUCCACUAAAAGAAAAACUCGAAAAAGGAAACAAGUUGAUAGUAAUAAUACUUUGACGACAUUUUUCACAAAGCAAGAAGAACCAACAGGUCCUACGGAGACGUGCACAGAAUGUAAUAAAAAAAUUAAAGUUGAGGAAAUGAGUAGCCACAUGGAUUAUCACACGGCGAAAAAAAUUCAUUUAGAGAUUAAUGCUAUUAAUACUGUUAAGCCUGUAAAGAAACAGUCUAAAAUUAAGUCGGGUAAAACCAAAACUCAAACUGCUAACAAGAGUGUCACAUCUUUUUUUAAACCAUUAGGAUAAUUUAUUUACUUACAGAUUUUUAUUAUGAAUUUUAAUUUAACUUUUGUAUUGUGCAACUUAAUUUUAAAAAAUAAAUUUAUUUUAAUCGAG